UUCAGCUUUUUAUCUGUCCCAGUUCAGAUCCCAGAUCUGUUGUAACUCACAGAGAGGAAAUCAUGGUGCAUCUAUUGAAAGAAAUCUUCUUGUUAACAAUUGUGGCAUCGGCGUUGACUUUGCCUUGGGGACCAUAUGACACUUCCAAUGACCCCCGCAGAGGUGGGAUAGAAAAUCGUAUGAACGAUGCAGGAACGGAUGGAAAUGUUGAUGAUCCUCCUCCCAACGGUGACGAGGAACAUUAUCCAGUGGUAACCGACGCGGACUCAAAGCGCGACUUAAUCAUAAAUGAUGAAAAGCCGCCGACUGAUGUAGACGAGGAUGAAACAUUCCCAGACACGACUUAUGCUGAACAAGAAUCGGAUGAAAACGAUGAAACGGUCGAGGAUGCUCCACCCGAUGGUGUACAAUAUCCUGCGGCAACACAUAAAGACUUAAAACGCACUUUACUUCCCUUUGACGGAAACAGGAAAAUCCGGAAUAAAAGAGGAGCAGUAUCCAGUUCAAAAUAUCUCUGGAAAACCACCACAGAGGCAAAUGGAAAACGCAUCGUCAAGAUCACCUACAAAUACGUUAGCUCUCCUCCCACUAAUGUUAAGAAAUGGAUGAAAUACUUAACUUGUCAGUUGGAACAAGAUACAUGUAUCCGGCUUCAAGAGGCAGAUGGCGGCCACGUACAAGUUGUCACAAAUAACAACGACGGCUGUUUCUCUGACAUAGGGUACCGCGACAAGACUCAAACGUUGAACCUUGGAACAGGGUGUGAAUACAUGUCGACUGUCAGUCACGAGUUGAUGCACCUUUUGGGAUACUAUCACGAAUUUACCAGAAACGAUCGCGACAAUUACAUUAAAGUAUACCCGGAAAAUCUCCAGGACGGUAUAUUUAAAACGGAGUUCAAGAAAAGAAUUCAGAAUAACCAAGGAUUUCCUUACGAUCUUAAUAGCAUCAUGCAGUACGAUACACACACCUUUAGCAAAAACGGAAAACACACUAUGGAGGCGAAGACUAAUCCAAACCAUAAACUUGGGUCGACUUCACACUUUGAUGCCAUGGAUUUGGAAAAAAUCAAUGCCCUUUAUUGCAACGAGAAGAAAGUCUUCAAAGAUCACAAAUUUCGCUUGAUAACCGGAAGUGGCUGGGGAUCUGGAACUGAUGCAGAUCUCUACGUACAACUGAUUGGCAGCCAAGGGGCGUCACAACGGAGGCUUCUCACAUCUGGAGGGUGGAUCCAAGAUGAAAAGGAACGGGGAGCUGACGAAGUGUACUAUCUUCCUUUUGAGGAUGUGGGAACCGUUUUGAAAGUGAAUGUACGCCUGAAAAAUGAAGAUGAAGGUUGCUCGAUUGACGCAGGGAAGAGAAAGAAAAAAAGACUCUUUAGCUUUUCCGGAUAUACUAUGGGAAACCUGGAAGUGGAUGGGAUCUCAUUUGGGGGAAACAUCGAUUUGUACCCAGGAGACGAAAAGUCACUUGACCGCCAGAAAUGAACCG